UAAGCUAGAGAGGGAGGAAGAGGACUCAAAGCCCCCAUCCUCCAUUCUUUUUCGAAAAAUUCCUUCUUUUGCCUCUCUAUCAAUUCAUUCAUGACAUACAUGCAUUUUUAUCUGUAUGCGUAUAGAGGGAUCGAGUGUCUUUCUGAUUUAGGCUGAAUUGCUGCCAGAUUUUUGGUCUUCUUGGAAUUUUUUGUUUUGUUUGAAUCUGAGCUCGUGUGAGUGAUUAAUCAGAGUUUUGAGUUUCGAAUUGUUUGAUUCUUUUCUUUGAAAUUGAAAGGUGAGAUUCUUGGAUUUUGGAUGAUUUCUGGGGCGGAAAAUAAGUGGAAUUCGAGUUUUAUUUGUUUGGAAUUUUUGAAGAAAGUUCUUGUUUGGUGAAUGUUUUGGCGCUUCGGCUUGUGGAAUUGUUCCAUAAAAUUUGAUUUUGGUUCCUGAAUGGACCAAAAAGAGGGAGGAGACUUCCCUCCAAAAAAGCAGCCGCCGCCACAGUCGGGAGCUUCUUCUACGGCGCCAGUGGAUUUUCCGGCUAGGAAGCUUGUGAGGCAGCUGGAUUUUACUGGCUUCAGUGGUGCCGCAUCCGCAUCAAAUGUGGAACAACCACUGUUAGCGAAACCGAGCCCGCCGGUGCCGCAUCAGCCACACUUAGUGAAACCAGGCCAGCUGCCGAGGCCGGCACACCUUCAGCCGCCGCAGAUGAUGUUUAUGACGAUGCAGCAGCCUCCACCGUCGGCUGCGCCAUCCGCUCAUCCUUCCGUACGCCCUCUUGUGAAACCUGAAUCCCCCAGAGCGCGUCCGAGACAAAAUGUGAAUGAAGUAAAAGAUGGUACCCCAAAGAAGCAAAAGCAGUGCAAUUGCAAACAUUCACGUUGUUUGAAGUUGUAUUGUGAAUGUUUUGCAUCCGGUAUCUAUUGUGAUGGUUGCAACUGUGUGAAUUGUCACAACAAUGUAGAAAACGAAGCUGCCAGACGAGAAGCAGUUGAGGCUACACUGGAGCGCAAUCCAAAUGCUUUCAGGCCAAAAAUUGCUAGCAGCCCACAUGCAGCCAGGGAUAGCAGGGAAGAGGCUGGUGAAGUUUUAGUUUCAGGGAAGCAUAACAAAGGAUGCCACUGCAAGAAAUCAGGAUGUCUCAAGAAGUACUGUGAGUGCUUCCAAGCAAAUAUUCUUUGUUCCGAAAAUUGUAAAUGCAUGGACUGCAAAAAUUAUGAAGGAAGUGAAGAGAGACAGGCUCUUUUUCAUGGAGAUCAUGCCAACAACAUGAUGUAUAUCCAGCAGGCAGCAAAUGCUGCCAUCACAGGUGCUAUUGGAUCUUCUGGCUAUGGGUCUCCCCCAUUGAAUAAAAAGCGGAAAGGUCAAGAGCUCUUCUUUGCAUCAGCAGUGAAAGAUCCUGGUCACAAGCCUGGACAGUUGCAACAGGCUAACCAAAUUAACGCUUCUGUACCUUCCGCUUCAUUAUCUUCAAUUCCUGGGGCUCGCCCUGGUAAUACGUCAGUCUUGAGCCCCUCAAAGUUUACUUAUAGGUCUCUAUUAGCUGACAUCAUUCAGCCCCAGGAUUUGAAGGAACUCUGCUCUGUUCUUGUGGUAUAUUCAGCAGAAGCAGCAAAGAUGCUUGCAGAGGAAAGAAACGCAGUGGAAAAGCAAGCAGAAGAUUCUAGAGAAACCUCACUGGUUUCAUCAACUCAACAUCUGUCUCAAAGCCAGCAGCAUUUUGCAGCUGAGAAGAUUCGGCCUGAUGAUAAACCUUCACUUGAAAACCAGACAGAGAAGGCCAACCCUGACGAGUCUGGUUCAGAUGGAGCUGACGUAUCAAAAGGAAGGCCAAUGUCUCCCAGUACAUUAGCUCUAAUGUGUGACGAAGCAGACACAAUUUUUAGUACAACUGCUUCUAUUGGAUCAGUGGUCCAUAGUAAUGUGUCUUCCCAGUUGCCAGAUGAGCAAGGACUGACUGAGGCCUACGUUGAGCAAGAAAGAAUUGUUUUAACUAAGUUCCGGGAUUGCCUUAACAGGUUAAUCACGCUAGGAGAAAUAAAAGAAACAAGGUAUUCUUCGUUGGCACGAAUGCAAUCAGGUAACAAAAAUGAUCUAACUAGUAGGAGCAGUUCAAAUGUGAAAACUGGAUCUAGGAAUCAACAGCCUGUAAACAAUGGUGUUGCCAGAUCUGCUGCUCCUCCACGGAGGACGUCUCCAGAGAUUACUCUUGCACACGGUGCAGUCAAUAAUGGCCCCAAUGUGAACAAAACCUGAAGGAGAGUUGUGAUAUGUUUUUAGGACUGUCUAUUUGCCUGAAGUUAUGCUGCUGCACCUCUUGUAAUAUUAGGCCAUUGUCGAGUUGGCUUUUCUUCGGUGUCGCAGCAAAACACUACAUAUAGAUGCCAUUCCUACAAUCUAAUCUGAUGCUGGAUUUGUGCAUUCAUUGAUUAUACCAAUUAAGAUAUAAAAUUUCAGUCUCUUUUUUUCUUCCCCGACAA